UAUUCUCCGUUACCAAGGCAUUCUCAAGGCAAACACUAGCUGAUAGCUAUGCUAGCCAACCAGAUAAUCUUAUAGCUAUGAUAUAACCUCCGUGUAGCCUCUUCACCGAGCUGAACUAAACUCACAAAUAGUUUACUAAAACCCUCGACUCCAGCAUAUUACCAUUAGCUUCUUGUCUGUUCGCUGCGUGGCCUAAAUUAGAGACUGAAACACCCUUUUUUGCCCCCUUUUGGAUCAUCUCAGGCUACAAUCUAGCUUAGUAACGUUGACGUUAGCUGCACAGCCACCAUGGCUGAAUUUGGGUUUAAUGAACACCAUCAGAAUGAAGUCGUCAAUUACAUGCGAUUUGCACGUUCAAAGAUGGUCCUGAGACUUAAGACCAUUGACUCAUGCUUUGAAGAACUCAAAGAUAGCAGGCUGGUGGAGGAAACCUUCACAGUGGACGAGGUGAAGGAGAUGCUGGACGGGCUGCAGGCGGUGGUGCGUGGGGAGGUGGAGAUGGAGCUCAUCAACACAGCUCACACCAACGUGCUGCUGCUCAGGCAGCUCUUCUCACAGGCUGAGAAGUUUUACCUUCGACUGCAGAGCGAUAUCUCGGAGCUGGAGAACAGGGAGCUGUUGGAACAAGUGGCUGAAUUUGAGAAGACUGACUUUAAAACCACUAAUAAGAUAAACCAGGAAACAAGCAAAGUCAAGCUAGCACCGCUGAAUGAAGUUGGGGUGUCUGAACUUCUUAACAAGGAGAUAGUGAGACUACAGGAGGAAAAUGACAAACUGAAAGCCAGGAUGCGGACUUUAGAAUCACAGGCAAUGAGUGCUCUGGAUGAGAGAACCAAAGCAGAGAGAGCCCUGAAAGACGUUCAGACGGUGCAUGGUGACCAGCAGCUGGCUGCUCAAUCCCAGGAGAUCAGCAGUCUCGAGGGCACGGUGGCGGCUCUGAGGGGUGACUAUGAAAGGUCUCUUAGCGCCAACUCGGCCUCCCAGAAGGGUCUGCAGGAGAACCUGAUCUCUGCCAAACAUGAUCUUCUGCGAGUGCAGGAGCAGCUGUCCUUGGCAGAGAAGGAGUUGGACAAGAAGUUCCAGCAAACUGCGGCCUACCGCAACAUGAAGGAGAUCCUGACCAAGAAAAAUGAGCAGAUCAAAGACAUUAGAAAACGAUUGCAGAGAUACGAGCCCAAUGAAUGAGUUCUACCCAAGACAACAGGUGUCCAGAGGGUUAGACAGGAACGAGAAACCACCGGUUCCACUGCUGCAAGACAAGAGAGACAGAAAACAGCACUUCUCCGAGGAAUUGUUUAUUCAUGCUUUAUCUGGCAUCUUCAGUAAUUAUCGGCUUUAGUAAAGAGUGCGAGCAGAGCGCGGGGGGGGGGGGGGUCGUCGGUACGCACGGCUGAGCACACUGAUGAAGUAGUGACAAACGAUAGCCUUCUCCAGCUGUGCUUUUUUUUUUCUACGUCCCAGUUGUGGAGCUGACUUACUGUAGCUAGCAGACUUCCCUCAGUGCUCUAUGCAAUUACUAUCACGUCCCCGUUUAAAGAGGCCUUGUGCAUUUGCUGAACUGGACAGAUACGCACUGUCUGCCUGAAGCAUUGCAGUCGUAUCUAUCAGAUGGUUAUAGGUGAUAUUUAGCUUUCUAGCACCGGGUAGUUGAUCGUUGAUAUUUUGCUGAUCAGUCUUAAUUUUAGCAGUUGAGUUAGACCCAAGCUGGUGUGUUUAUUAAUAGUGAACAGCUUCAAAGUAAUGUUUACCGACCUUCUGAGGUCAACCCCGCUUUAAUUUGUUUCCCGAAAAAUUGUAUUGCAUUUCACACAAAGAAUAUUUCCAAUGAUGUGACAUUCUGUGAAAGUCUGAUCAUCGAAAAUAUACCAAAACUUCUCGCAUUUAGUUUUUUCUGCUCUUGCUUUAUUGAAUGACGUUGAUGGUGAUCUGGAAUGACUUCCCUACACAAAGGGCAUAGAGUAUUUUUGUCUGGAAUCUUUAACUGUGUACUUUUCGUAUUGCUGUGGGUGAUGGAGUGUAAGAGAAAAAAAAAAGAAUAUAUACAUGAUGUUCAUGAAGUAAUGCUCUUGUAGAGUAUGAUACAUCUACCUUAUAAUACACUAGAUGUUUGUAUCGUGCAAAGUAUGGGGUAAUAAAAGCUGUUGACAAAUAAACGUGUGGUCAUGCUUAGUAAUUGUUUUUUCACUUUAACUUUAAGUUGUAUUUAAUCAUAUAAACACCAAGUACAUUCACUGAAGACUGAAGCUUUCAGACCUAGGAUGUUAUUCUAAUAUGUUCUGGCUAUGAAA